GUUGGGAGACAAGCAGCGGCAAAGAGUAUUAGCAAGUAGCGAGCGGUCUUUGGUGGUUGGUUCGAGCGUUCUCAGUAGCACGACUCCGUUUCAGUCGCGCGGAAGCAGCCGACCGUUGCACGUGUUCACGGACCGGACGAUAACCGCCACCAUCUAUGGGUUACCAGUACCCAUUCUCACAUCUGGAUACUUUGAAUUGACCACGAGAAAAUGGAAAUGCAUAAAAAUCCCAAUGCGAAGAGGAGUUCGUUGCGUGGUGACGAGAUGACGUUGAAGGAACCUCACAGGAAUGGCAGCACGUACGGAGCUUUUCAAUCGAAGGAUCCCAUUUUAGCGGUGGAGAAGGGCGCUGAAAUGGAAGGCGGAAGCGACGAGCAUGGAAUUUCCGUUCACCACCCGACCUCGUAUUUAGAAACAAUGAUGCACCUGUUCAAAGGUAACGUCGGCUCCGGUAUCUUUGCGUUAGGGGAUGCUUUCAAGCAUGCCGGACUGCUGCUGGCUCCGCCGCUUACUAUGUUCCUCGGGGUUAUUUGUGUUCACGCUCAACAUAUUCUUAUUAAAUGUAACGAAGAGGUGACGCGUCGCGUGAACGAUGCGAGUGCCACGACUGGGUUUGCUGGCACCGUGGAAUUGUGCUUCGCUACCGGCCCUCUAGCACUCCGAAAAUACUCUGUGUUUAUGAGACAAAUGGUUAAUGUAUUUUUAUGUAUCACGCAACUUGGAUUUUGCUGCGUUUAUUUCGUUUUCAUUGCGAAGAAUAUGAAGCAGGUGUUGGACGUGUACGGAAUCGAGAUGGACGUUCAUCAACAUAUGGCUGUGAUCUUGAUCCCGAUAAUGCUGAGCACGUGGAUCAGGAACCUGAAGUACCUGGUGCCCAUUUCGUCACUGGCGAAUUUUCUGGUCAUAGCUGGCUAUGUGGCUACUAUGUACAUAAUGUGCCACGAUUUGCCGCCGAUCCACGAGAGGCGGUAUAUCGCGGAUUGGCACGAGCUGCCUCUGUUCUUUGGCACUGUGAUAUAUUCUUUCGAGGGUAUUACUUUGGUGUUACCCCUGAAGAACGAAAUGAAGAAACCGAGCAAUUUCAGUAAGCCACUGGGAGUCCUAAACGUUGGAAUGGUAAUUGUCGGUGGCAUGUUCGUCGCGAUGGGUUUUAUAUCUUAUUUAAAAUACGGCGACACAGUGGCCGGAUCCGUUACGUUAAAUCUCCAAUCAAAGGAGGUGGUGGAUGGAAAAAUCAUCGGCGAGCAUUUAAGCUUACCUCAAUGCAUACAGGUUGCCAUCUCGUUGAGUAUAUUACUCACGUAUGCACUGCAAUUUUACGUUCCCAUUGCGAUCAUUUGGCCAAAGAUCGUCAACCGUUUUGGCCCUUUCAAGUGGCCCGUUUUCGCAGAGACUGUUUUCCGUUCCUCGAUGUGUUUCCUAACAUUUGUCCUAGCUGAAGCGAUACCUCAACUGGGUCUGUUCAUAUCAUUGGUCGGUGCAGUAAGCAGCACCGCCUUGGCACUCGUAUUUCCACCAAUCAUCGAAAUGGUUGUAUGCUGGCAGAACGCAUCACUGGGCUUGUUUACGAUAUCGAAAGAUAUCCUGAUAGUACUAAUCGGUCUACUCGGUUUCGUUACCGGGACAUACGAAAGCAUCACGUCGAUCAUUAAGGCGUUUAGCACGUAAUUAGGCUAGUUCGUUGUAUAAAUCGUUGUUAAUAUACUUUUUACUUGUAUGUAUAUAUAUACACGCGCGGUAUUAUCAGGAUCAUGACAUCUACGCGAUCAUAUAGGCAAUGAUUAUUCAUUUGGACAGAGCCGGUCUUUUCUUUCUUUCUUUUUCUUUUUUUAAUUUUUUAGAUUACUGUUAAUGUUAAUGUUAAUGUUGUUUAUUAGCCUACCACAUUUCUGUCGAACGAAUCGUAUACGAAUCUUUGCGCGUUACAUUCACUAUUGUUCGAAUCCUUCGUUUAGCAUAAUUUUCGCGUUCCGCAUUCAGAAAAGGGUACUUCGUUAUCUGUGAUCCGUCUCUAAAUCGAUAAUGCGAAUUUUUCUAGUUCCACGAACAGGGUAAUAAAUCUCGUGCCCUUGAGGGGAUUACAAUUACCAAUUUCUACGUUCGCCGUACUGUUAUCGAUAUUAGAAUGGUGCUAAUAUCGAGUACAGCACGAUUUCAGGCAAAUAAAAUAGUUUUCCAUGGGGUAAUUUUGCAAGAAUUACUUGAUUUUAAGGGGGAAGAAGUUUUUGAGAAAUUGGUAAUUGUGAUCGAAUUGUACAUUGAUAUACAGUUGGUCAUGAAAGUGGUUCGACCACCUUGAGACGACAUAUCGGUGAAAACAGAAAUAAUUCAAGAUCUUUUUUCAACAACUAUUUUUUAUUUUCUCAUACAGUAGUAAUACACGGCCUCGUGAUUCGAAAACAAAAAUAGACCGUAUAGCAAUAUAUCGUAUAUUAAGAACUUAGUACGAAAGACGGAGCAUCUUUCAAAUACACUCGCAAAGUCUUACCAUUUUAAUUUUGACGAUUAACGAAUGAUAAAUAUUUUAAAGUGGAUCUCAUUUCAUAGAUUGAAAUUACGAGGGAAAAUAUUUCAUGGAUAUAUGUAAGAAAGAUGUUCAAAUUUUUCGAUCUUAAAAAUCUGCGCAUAAUUUAUCAGUUAAUGGCCAUCGCAUGAGUAUAUGCCGUCCUCAUAUUACCUAUAAUUGAAUUAUAACGAAAAGAAAUAGAUAAAAAGAUUAAUUUUUUAAAUUAAACUUUACUGUUUAUAAAAUAUCGAUAUUUUUGUGAUCAAUUGUAUGUCGCGCGAUACGUGUCUAUAAUAUAUCAUCGCCUAUGUUAUGAAUGAUUAACAGUGUUAGUUGUUCGUGUCCUGAACAGGACGUAACCGUAGAUUUAUAUAUAUGAUAGAUGUAUAGAUUAUUCGAGUAGAUACACGAAUUUUCCUUAAAAAAAGAAAGGUGAAAACUGAUUGUUACUGCGAACUCGCAUAAUAUAUAUAUAUAUGUAUACAUAACUCAUGCGACAAGAAAGGAAAGCAAUCAAAAUGACGUACAAAACAGAGUGUUGGCCGAUAGACGUUGAAAAGUGUAUAAUAUUAUAAUGACAAUGAUCAUACUCGACGAUCGUGCAAUGUGAAAAGACAAUCGCGUGGAUUUUAUUCGAAAAUGUAAUUUCUCGUCGACGGAAUAUUGCGUGACUUUCAACUUUUAAUUGGUAUCGUUGGAUCGUACGUAAUAAUUUCUAUUAGAUCAUUUAAUUUCUAAGUAUUUAAGACUAAGAAUUUGAUAUAUAAUACGCUACUGAAUGUUAUUAUGCAUGGUAAUUUCUGUAUCAUUAAUUUUCAAUUCUUCGUCAUUUUGUUACACCAAGAGGUCAUUAAUUAUUUUAUUCGAAUUUACAUUUCACGCAAUAAAAGCGAUUAAUGAUUUCUGUUAUGUGGAAUAUAGGAGGUAAAUUUUAUUUUGUACUCCUUAGUUUUUGCGAUGGAGUAGAAAAUGCAACGUGAAAUGCUCGAAAUUUCUUUCUUACUUUGUAUGGAACUAAAUCGCCGCUUGCGAAUCCAAUAGUACAAGUUAAGAGUUAAAAGUUCGAUUGAAUUUUGUUCGAACGUAUCGAUUGUGAUUUUUUGUAUUAUAGUUACGUGGAUGGAACUGUAUCAAAUCUGUGAUAUAGUGAUCAGCGUUUUAAAUACGAAACAGCGAAACGAAUAUAUUUUUUAAAUAUAUUGUACGAUUUAAUCAGAGAAAACAAAUUUGUAUUAAAUAUUUAGAUCAUCAACAUCAUCACGCUGAGUCAUAUUGGUCAUUUUGUACUACGCUAUCGAUGGUCUUGGCACUGAUAAAUUUUUUUACGAUUUCUACACAUUGUGAUUGUCAUAAAUGAUUAUUGUUAAAAAAAUUGUUUGUAAGAUGAUAAUUCUUGUGCUAUAGUUGUUAUAAAGCGUAAAUUUCUUUUCUCUCGCGACGACUGGAGAUUCUUCGAACAAAUGUAUUUGAAGACCACCAGGCAAAGACAUGAUAAACCACGUUUUCCACUUUUCGUGGAACAAUAAUUUAAGAUUCGACACUCUUCUUAUUUGAAUAACACUAUGCUGUUAAAUAUUUAAAAAAUAACGACCCGUAGAAUAUAGAAUAUAUCGUAACGUUAGUUACGUCAUUGUUCUUUUACGGAAAAACAAAUUCUAUAUCUUAUGAAAAGCUUUGUAGCUGUCGCUUAUUAAUAUCGUUAUAUCUUUCGAUCUGACAGAUUUUUCUUUUCUUCAGCUACCACAUUGACGUAUUCUCCCUCGCAUUAAAAUAAAAAAUGUACAAAUAUGAGCUUACCAUGUUUUUAUACAGUGGUCUUCAUUUGUAAUAAUGGUAACGUCGACUAAAUGUAUAUUUUAUUUAUUCGCAUAUCGCGGUAUGAUCGAUAAUUAUAAAGGAGAAUGGUAAAGGAAACAAUGAGAAAUUGUACAUUGUUCGACAAUGUUGUUGUUGUUGUACAGUGUCAUCGAUCGACAAACUUUACUUUAAUACCUUUUUAUAUGUGUAUAGAUAUAUAGAUACAAAAAACAAAACAUGAUAAAUUAAACAAAGAUAAGAGAAGAAUAAUGAAAAAAAAGUAUGCGGAAAAUCAAGUCGAAACAGUAUAAAACUUCGAUACCUGUGUUUUCAGAAAUAUACAGAACGAUUUUUCUAGUACACGAGCCUCGAGAAAGCAAGCUUACUAACACAGUUCCAUUUUAUUUUGCACAACUUGCCAAUGAGUAGGGAGAAACCAGUUGAAUUAAUUAAGAACGCGGUACUCUUCAAAAAACAAAUAACUAAAUACAAAAAAUUCACUUUUCUAUUCGUUUUAUCGCAUUUAGAGAUAGCGAGAUAUUAGUGAGAUACUAAUGAGAUAUCAGUAAAAAAGUGAAAGAUAGUAGUGUUCCUUGUGAAAAAAUUAAACAUACCGAGUAUCAUCGUUAAAAAUAAUAUUUUGCAGCAAUUUAUUGAUCAAUAAUUUUUACAGUAACUUGCGUCUGAUGUUUGACGAUGGAUUUGUCCAGAAUUUUUCCUUAGGACGCAUUGUAGCGUAAUAGUAUUAGCUUAUUCGCUGCCAGGCAAAUUUAAAGCGUCUUGCCCUAGACGCCAAGAUUUUCUUUUAAAGAAAACAUGAAAUUUCACAAAAUCUAGUAAUAUUCAAUUGCAGAUACGGUAAUAAAACGGCGUUUAUAGUAAUUUACAAACAAAAAAAUACCCUAUGAGAUAACUGAUAGUUGGCAAUCUUGGUACAUACGCUUACCACGAGAUAUCUCUUAGUCGGCAGUGAAUGGGUUAACCAUUUUUAAGGCGAUUCAAAGUCAUCGAACGACGCAGCGAGAGCGAUAUGUAUUGCCCUGCCUCGGAGUACAAAUUCUUUCUCAGGAAUAGUUUAUACGUACAGAUACUUUUGUUACGUGUCCUGUUUUUUUCCUUUUCUUUUUUUCUUUUUCUAAGAUGUUAGAGGUGUAAAGUGAUUAACUUUUCUUUGAAGGGAGGCUGAUGAAUGAGAGUUAAUAAACGUGCGAGACAAAACGUGUUGUCUGUUCAUGUACCACUGUGUUGGUCGAUUAACGAAUCGUUGACAAAUAAAGUCGUUCGAAAUUGA